AUGGCUAAGACACGGAGUACAACCAGAAUCCAGAAUCAUGAUCAUGUUGCGUCAUCAUCUACCAGGAAGAGGAUCGCGAGUUGUGACAAGAGUGAUGAGGCAUCUUGGUCAGAUCUUGACCAUAAUUUGCUUUUUUUAGUUAUGAUGCAAUUGGGUGUCAUUGAUUUUUUAGCAUUUAGUGGGGUAUGCAAAUCAUGGAGGUCACUUGCGCUUGAUAACUGGAAGAUUUUUAUGGCAUCCAGACCACCUAUGUUCUUGUGGAUCUCUGAUCGUCCUUAUAAGAAAGAGUGUUACCUAGAGGACUUUGAAGGAAGAAAAUUCAAAACCAUCCUUCCUCGUUCUGCUGGCAGGAUCUGUGUUGGAAUAACUUGUGGUUACCUGAUCUUGUUCGGGUGGAAAACCAAAGACUUCAGGCUUGUGAAUCCUAUCACAAGGCACGAACUUCAUUUCCCUUGUUUCCCCUAUAAUGCAAGGACUAAUCUAAAAGAAGUUAGAGGUAUCCUUGUCUCUUCACCUUUAGUAUCUGGGUGGGCCUUUGUGAUGUUACAUAGAUUCACCUAUCAAGUUUGGUUUUCUAUAGCGGGUACUGGAGCAUGGAAUCAUGUCUCAUCCACUUUUCCUUUCUUUGAUUUAGUUUCUUUCAAGGGGAAGAUAUAUACCUUAAACGUGGGUUGUCGUUUAUGUGAAAUGAGACUCAAUCCAGAGCCCAAAUUGAAGUUACUCCAAACCAAGAAUUUUCCAAAGGUAGUCAUGUUAUGUCCGGAGUUUGUAAGUUUGGAUGAAAACCUGUGUGUGAUGUAUCGCGAGUUAGGAGGUUCAUACAAGGUUUACAAACUAGAUUUUGAGGAAAUGAAGUGGAUGUCAUCAGAAAACACAUUAGGAGAAUGUGCGUUCUUUAUUAACGAAUUGAAGUAUUCUACUGUUAUUAAACCAGAGUUGUGGGUUGAUCAUGAGUUACAAUACAUGAGAUAUGCUUACUUCCAUGACACCAUUGAUAAAAGUCUAAAAGUUGGGUGUCAGCUGUGGUACUUCCCCUGUGAUUGCAAGAAUGUUAAUCUUUAA